AGCAAACUAGCUGCACACACGUGCUACGUCGUUCUGCUCCUUCACAAACAAAACAGUCUUACUAAAGUAACUUAACGUUUAAUCAUCUAAGGAUCAUCAAUUGUCACUAAAGCUGUACCUCAUGAGUUUUGUGGAGUACUCUGAGCUUAUCCAAGAAGGGGAUGUUGUCAUUAUCUUCAUGGGGCAUGAUUCCAUGAUGCCAAUAAAAGUUCAGUCAGGAGCUCAGACUCAAACUCGCUACGGGGUCAUCAGGCACUCCAGCGACCUGAUUGGACAGCGGUUUGGAUCCAAAGUAACUUGUAGUAAGGGUGGUUGGGUUUAUGUGUUGCACCCUACACCAGAGCUGUGGACUAUCAACCUUCCCCACCGAACGCAGAUCCUCUACACGACAGACAUUGCCAAUAUCACACUGAUGCUGGAGCUCAAACCAGGCUCUGUUGUGUGCGAGUCAGGUACAGGCAGCGGCUCUUUGUCUCACUCCAUUUUGCGGACCAUCGCUCCUACCGGCCACCUGCACACUGUGGAGUUCCACAGUCAGCGAGCCGAGAAGGCUAUGCAGGAAUUCAAGGAGCACAAAGUGUCUCAUCUGGUUACUGUCAGAAACCAGGAUGUGUGCAAGGAUGGCUUUGGCAUCACGGGUGUAGCUGACGCUGUCUUUUUAGACAUUCCCUCUCCGUGGGAGGCAAUCUCACAUGCCAAGAAGGCCUUAAAAUACAAGGGAGGUCGUCUCUGCUCAUUCUCACCAUGUAUAGAGCAGGUCCAGAGAACUUGCGAAGCUUUAUUGGACCAUGGUUUUGAGGAGAUCUGCACUCUGGAGGUUCUGCUACGGGUUCAUGAUGUUCGCACUGUCACUCUGCCCUUGCCAGACUUCGGACCAGAGGAGUAUUAUGCCGACAGCACUCAGACGACUUCAGACAUCAGUCAAGAGGAUGUCAACACCUCUGUGAUCUGCAGGACUGCCACACCACCCAGAGAAAUGGCAGGACACACGGGAUACCUCACCUUUUCUUCCAAACCACGUGACCAGAGGUGUGAAUGAAGUUGAUGUUGUAGAGUUUAAGCAAUGCAGGCCUGAGAAAUGUCUUAAAUGCACCUGUACAAUUCCUUGUGCUUGCCUUCAUUUACAUUUAAAAUAUUAGUUGGCUGAUAGAUAAGUUUUUAAUCAACGUAGAAGUUUUUUUUUCCAUUUACUAAAGCUUUUUGCUUUUUUCAACAAUUAUUUCUUUAGUUUAACUAUAAAUCAGAAUAAAAAAACAGUUAGUAGUUUGUAUGUAUUGCUUAAUCUCGUGGUGCUAAUGAACAGACUCUUAACUGUUUGGUAAAAAUAAAUGCACAAAUAUCAGAUUUCUCUGAAAGCAUCAAGACUGUGUACUUGUCUUCAUAACACACAAAAAAUGUUUUAUCUUUAUAUUUCUAUAGUGCUUUUUACAAUGUUAAUUGUGGCAAAGCAACUUAACAUAGAUGAAGUUCUAGUAAGUUGAAACUGCUUCAGUUUGGUUUUUAUCGUUGCAGUUCAGUGUAAUGUACAUAUAACUGUUGAAAGCUGAAACGCUGAACAUUGUAGAACAACUUUGCUGAUGCGCAGCUCCACAUGUCCCUAACACUCCUAAUACUAGGAUGUCAAAUAACGUCAUGCAAGGCUUUGUUUGAUUGUGAGGUUUUUAAUGUGCUCAUUGAUGUGAUAUCAGCAGUUUCUCACCACUAGUGCUCUGAUUUCAAGGCUGUACAGCCUGUUCUGGAUUUGUACAUUCUUGCAUGUGAAAUGUAAGAUACUGUAAAAGAACAAGAUGUGCAAACAUCUGGUAAAUGUUAGAUCUGAAAAUAAGUACUGAGAGCUCCUCUAUUUAUGUGUCCAUAAAAGGCCUUCCCACU